AGACGCGUAGAGAGCGGCGGAGGACAGCAAGGGUGGCGGGCACCGGUGCCGGGAAGGGACAGGUCAGGCGGCGAGGGGAGAGCGCGUGCUGCCUGCGCCACUCGGGCUCAGACAGGGCCGGCUUCCCGAGGCCCAGAGGAAGUGUGUGGAGAGCGCGGCCCUGCUAGCCCGUGAGUCGGCCCCAGGUCGCGGCCGGUGAGUGGACCCCUAGCUUCACCUGGGCCGGCGCGGACAGUGACAGGUGCGCGGAGGAGCGCUGCGCUCCGCCCGCUCGCCGGCCCGCCCCCUCCGGGCCUGGCCCGCCCGGGCUCUGGGUGAGGCGUGGGCCCCAGCUGAGCCGCUCCGGCUCUUGGCGCCUGUCGCUGCUGCCGUCGCCGCCGAAGAGCGGCCGCCGCCCCUAAAGGAAGGAGGGAGGGAAGCGGCCGCUGACCCUAGGCAUGAGCUGGACGCGGUGUCCGUUGCAGGAUUAAGGAGCCGACAUGAACCUGCACCAGGUGCUGACCGGGGCUGUGAACCCAGGCGACCACUGCUUCUCCGUGGGCAGCAUCGGCGACCAGCGCUUCACGGCUUAUGCAUCUGGAUGUGACAUUGUAAUACUGGGAAGCGAUUUCGAAAGAUUACAGAUAAUCCCAGGAGCUAAACAUGGAAAUAUUCAAGUGGGAUGUGUAGACUGUUCAAUGCAACAAGGCAAGAUUGCAGCAUCCUAUGGAAAUGUUAUCUCUGUUUUUGAACCAGUUAACCUACCGAAACAAAAGAAAAAUUUGGAAUUAUAUAGUCAAUGGCAGAAAAGUGGUCAAUUUUUUCUGGAAUCAAUAGCACACAAUAUAACUUGGGAUCCCACAGGCAGUCGUCUUUUAACUGGUUCCAACUAUUUGCAACUCUGGUCCAAUACUAACUUGGAGAAGCCAACUGAAGAUGAAAAUCCAGAUAAAACGGAUCUUAACUUCGGGGAUUGGAGAUGCAUUUGGCAUUGCAAAACUGCUUCCCAAGUUCAUUUGAUGAAAUUUUCACCAGAUGGAGAAUUUUUUGCCACUGCUGGGAAGGAUGACUGUCUUUUAAAGGUAUGGUAUAAUGUAGAAAACUGGCGGACAGCUGUUACCUCUCCAGAUAGAAGUUCAGAAAAACAAUCCCAAGGAGAAAUUGACUUUUCUUUUGUUUAUCUGGCCCAUCCUCGAGCUGUAAAUGGAUUUUCCUGGCGUAAAACGAGCAAAUAUAUGCCUAGGGCUUCUGUAUGUAAUGUGUUGUUGACUUGCUGCAAAGAUAAUGUGUGUCGUCUUUGGGUAGAGACGUUUUUACCAAAUGAUUGUUUGCUAUAUGGAGGUGACUGUAACCACUGGACUGAACCAAUCAAUUUAACAAAUAACUUCAAGAGAAAUGCUUCCAGUAAAGAACGAGUUCAAAAUGCUUUAGAAGUAAAUCUGAGACAUUUUCGUAGAGGUCGGAGGAGAUCACUUGCACUCGUAGCACAUACUGGAUAUCUGCCUCAUCAGCAGAACCCUCACCACGUCCACAGGAACACUCCACUGCAAGCCAACGCACUUUGCCACUUUCACAUUGCAGCCAGCAUCAACCCAGCCACAGACAUUCCACUUCUUCCAUCUAUUACUUCUCUGAGUCUAAGUGAAAAUGAAGAGAAAAGUGGACCUUUUGUGGUACACUGGCUAAACAAUAAAGAGCUGCAUUUUACUUUGUCCAUGGAAGUCUUUUUACAACAACUUAAAAAAAGUUUUGAACAACCAUCUUCUGAGACCAGUGUAGAAGACUCUAAUCAGGCAGAUGUAAAAUCUGAUGAAGAAAUGGAUGAUGGUGUUGAUGAUCUGAAAAUAAAUCAUGAAAAGAAGGAAUUGGGUGGUGAUAAAAUAGUACCAAACUCAAGUUUUGCAUCAUUACCAUCAGCUGCCAUUGAUCAUCAGAUUGAAGUACUUCUGUCUGAAUGGAGUAAAAAUGCAGACAUGUUAUUCAGUAUUCAUCCUGUGGAUGGUUCUUUGCUGGUUUGGCAUGUGGAUUGGCUAGAUGAAUACCAGCCUGGUAUGUUUCGUCAAGUACAGGUGUCCUUUGUUUCCAGAAUUCCUGUAGCUUUCCCCACAGGUGAUGCGAACUCUCUGUGUAAAAGCAUAGUGAUGUAUGCCUGUACCAAGAAUGUUGACCUGGCUAUUCAGCAAGGGAAACAGAAACCUUCUGGCCUCGCUCGUUCCACAUCAAUGCUUAUCUCUUCUGGUCACAAUAAAUCAUCUAAUAGUUUAAAAUUAAGUAUUUUUACCCCUAACGUGAUGAUGAUUUCAAAGCACGCUGAUGGUUCUUUGAAUCAGUGGCUGGUCAGUUUUGCUGAGGAAUCUGCUUUUUCUACGGUUCUCAGUAUUUCCCACAAAUCCAGAUAUUGUGGUCAUCGCUUUCAUCUUAAUGAUUUAGCUUGCCACUCAGUAUUACCAUUAUUGCUGACAACGUCACACCAUAAUGCAUUAAGGACACCAGAUGUUGAUAACCAAAAGCAGCCUUUUGAUGCGGUAAAUGUUGAAGAAUGUUCUUUGACACAACAAACUACAAGCACCGUUGAUAUGGCAUUUCAGGAUCCCAAUGCAGUUUAUAGUGAGCUUAUUCUUUGGAGGGUUGAUCCAGUUGGACCAUUAUCUUUCUCUGGAGGAGUUUCUGAGCUUGCUCGGAUUAAUUCUCUGCAUGUUUCUGCCUUUUCCAAUGUGGCAUGGCUGCCUACUCUUAUACCCAGUUACUGUCUAGGUGCCUACUGCAACUCUCCUAGUGCAUGCUUUGUAGCAAGUGAUGGACAAUAUCUGAGAUUAUAUGAAGCGGUUAUUGAUGCCAAGAAACUUUUAUUUGAGCUUUCUAACCCUGAAAUUUCUAAAUAUGUUGGUGAAGUGUUUAACAUCGUCAGUCAACAAUCGACAGCCAGGCCGGGAUGCAUUAUCGCGUUAGAUCCCAUUACCAAACUUCAUGGCAGAAAAACCCAGCUUCUUCAUGUUUUUCAAGAAGACUUCAUUUUGAAUAACUCUGAAAAGAAAAGUCUAGGAAAAGACAGCAUUUUAUCUAAUGCAGGCAGCUCACCUAAUGGAUUUUCUGAAAAGUUCUAUCUAAUUGUAAUAGAGUGCACUCAAGACAACCGUUCACUGUUACACAUGUGGAAUUUACAUUUAAAGUCAAUUCCUGUCUCAUUGGAUGAAAAAGUAGAUACAAAAACAUCUGAAGCAGUUUGGCAGCCGGAAGAACAUUCUUCUUCUUCUCCAGAGAAGAUCCUAUCUCCUUUUUCACAGAAGUAUCAGGCUUGCAGAGCAAAUCUCCAGAGUACCAGCAGGUUGACUCUGUUUUCAGAAAUAGUUUAUAGCCAAGAGUUGCAUUUGCCAGAAGGAGUUGAGAUAAUAAGUAUUAAGCCAUCAGCAGGACAUCUGAGUUCUUCUUCCAUAUAUCCUGUGUGCAGUGCUCCUUAUUUGUUGGCAACUUCAUGUUCAGAUGAGAAAGUAAGAUUCUGGAGAUGCAGAGUAGCAAAUGGAGAAUCUGCCACAUCAAAGAAUGGAAAAAUGGAUCUUGCAUACAUUUGGGAAGAAUGGCCAUUACUUAUUGAAGAUGGACUUCAGAGCAAUAGUAGUAUAACUGUACCUGGUAGGCCUAUAGAGGUUAGCUGUGCACAUACAAAUCGUUUAGCAGUAGCUUACAAGCAGCCUGCAUCUAAUAGUAGAUCUUCUCAGGACUUUGUGAUGCAUGUAAGUAUUUUUGAAUGUGAGUCUACAGGAGGCUCAUAUUGGGUCCUUGAACAGACAAUUCAUUUAGAUGAGUUAAGCACAGUGUUGGAUUCUGGCAUUAGUAUUGAUAGCAAUUUAGUGGCCUAUAAUAAACAAGAGAUGUAUUUGUCCAGUAAAGAGAGUAUCACAUCAAACACAAAGCAUUUAGUUCACUUAGAUUGGAUGUCUAGAGAAGAUGGAUCUCAUAUCCUGACUGUAGGAAUUGGAUCAAAGCUUUUUAUGUAUGGACCCCUGGCUGGAAAGGUACAAGAACAGACUGGUAAGGAAAGCCUGACAUUUCCUCUUUGGGAGAGUACUAAAGUCGUGCCCCUUUCUAAAUUUGUACUGUUACGAAGUGUGGACUUGGUAUCUUCUGUAGAAGGCUCCCCACCUUUUCCUGUUUCUUUAUCAUGGGUCCGGGAUGGCAUCCUUGUGGUAGGAAUGGAUUGUGAAAUGCAUGUAUAUUCCCAAUGGCAGCCUUCUACUAAACAAGAACCUGUCAUAACAGAUUCAUACAAUGGGAGCACACCAUCCAUAAUAAGUUUAAUAAAACAGAGUAACUCAUCAAGUGCUGGGUUACCUCCUCCAAAGAAAACCCUGACUCGGUCCAUGACCAGUCUUGCCCAGAAAAUCUGUGGAAAGAAAACUGCAUUCGAUCCUUCAGUGGAUAUGGAAGAUUCAGGUCUUUUUGAAGCAGCUCAUGUACUUUCCCCAACUUUACCUCAGUACCAUCCCUUGCAGCUUUUGGAACUAAUGGAUCUCGGCAAAGUUCGGAGAGCAAAGGCCAUCUUGUCACAUCUUGUCAAGUGCAUUGCUGGGGAAGUUGUGGCUCUGAAUGACCCUGAAUCUAAUCAUGAACGCCGUCUUAGGUCUCUCACCAUCAGUGCUAGUGGAAGCACUACCAGAGACCCCCAGACAUUCAACAAGGCUGAAAAUAUAGAUUACACAGAAAUAGAUUCUGUCCCUCCACUUCCUCUAUACGCCUUACUUGCAGCAGAUGAUGAUAGCUAUUACUCAUCUUUGGAGAAAUCCAGUAAUGAAAGUACCUUAAAUAAAUCAAAUCAAUUAUCAAAAGAAAGUUAUGAUGAGCUGUUUCAAGCCUCAACUCUAAUGACUGAUACUCAUGUGUUAGAGACAGAUGAAGAAAAUACAAAGCCUAGAGUUAUUGACCUUUCACAAUACAGUCCAACUUACUUUGGUCCUGAGCAUGCUCAGGUUCUUUCUGGCCACUUACUUCAUUCUAGUUUACCUGGACUCAGCCGGAUGGAACAAAUGUCUUUGAUGGCCUUAGCAGAUACAAUUGCAACUACAAGCACUGACAUUGGAGAAAGCAGAGACAGAAGCCAAGGUGGAGAAACUCUUGAUGAAUGUGGGUUAAAAUUUCUUUUGGCUGUUCGACUCCAUACCUUUCUUACAACUUCGCUUCCAGCCUAUCGAGCGCAACUCCUUCACCAAGGCCUGUCUACUAGUCAUUUUGCUUGGGCAUUUCACUCAGUAGCAGAAGAAGAAUUGCUGAACAUGUUGCCAGCAAUGCAGAAAGAUGAUCCCACUUGGUCUGAACUAAGAGCUAUGGGUGUGGGAUGGUGGGUCCGGAAUACCCGCAUCUUACGCAAAUGCAUAGAAAAAGUAGCCAAAGCAGCCUUUUAUAGAAAGAACGAUCCUUUAGAUGCUGCCAUUUUUUACCUUGCAAUGAAAAAGAAAGCUGUGAUUUGGGGAUUAUAUAGAUCUCAAAAAGACACCAGGAUGACACAGUUUUUUGGACACAAUUUUGAGGAUGAACGAUGGCGUAAAGCAGCUUUAAAGAAUGCUUUUUCUUUGCUAGGCAAACAAAGAUUUGAACAUUCUGCAGCAUUUUUUCUUUUAGCUGGUCGCCUCAGAGAUGCAAUUGAGGUAUGUCUGGAGAAACUGAAUGACAUUCAGUUGGCUCUCGUAAUAGCAAGACUCUAUGAGUCUGAAUUUGAUACAUCUGCAACAUAUAAAUCUAUUUUACGUAAAAAAGUUUUGGGAAUUGAUUCUCCUGUCAAGGAACUCAGUUCAUUGAACAUAAAUAUACAUUAUGAUCCUUUUCUUCGGAGUAUGGCAUAUUGGAUUUUGGAAGAUUAUAGUGGUGCUCUGGAAACAUUAAUAAAGCAACCUAUCAGAGAGGAUGAUGAUCAAGUCAUGAUGUCAUCCUGUAAUCCCACAGUUUUUAAUUUCUACAAUUACCUAAGAACACAUCCUCUUUUGCUGAGACGUCAUUUUGGAUCAACUGAUAUGUUUUCCACACACAUGGGUCUAGCAGGAAAAAGUGGACUGGCAGGAACAAUUAAUUUAAAUGAAAGAAGAUUAUUUUUUACUACUGCCAGUGCUCAUUUAAAAGCUGGCUGCCCCAUGUUGGCUUUGGAAGUAUUAUCAAAGAUGCCCAAAGUUAUCAAGAAAACAAAACCUUUUUGUAGAGCAUCUAGUUUUCUGGAUACUAGUAAAGACUGUUCUCCUUCUUCACCAUUAAAGUUGGAUACAGGGGAAGAUAAGUCUUCUGCUGUUGAUUGGUCACAGUCACUGAUGAAUGGUUUUGGAUCUUCUUCAGAGGGUUCCUCAGAGAAGCAAUCAAACUCCACUCUUUCUUUUGACUGGAGCCAACCAAGUAUUGUAUUUCAGGAUGACUCUUUAGAGUUAAAAUGGGACAGUGAUAAUGACGAGGAAAAUGAGGAUCUCCCUAUUGCAAUGAAAGAACUGAAACCUUUACAGAGAAAAAUAGAUAAAAAAUUAGAGGAAAUAAGUUCUAAUUACACAGAAUCUUUCAGCACACUAGAUGAAAAUGACAUCUUAAAUCCAUCAGAAGAUAUAAUUGCAGUUCAGUUAAAAUUUAGAGCAUGUUUAAAGAUUCUCACAGUCGAACUUCGUACUUUAUCUACUGGUUAUGAAAUAGAUGGUGGGAAAUUGCGUUACCAACUAUACCACUGGCUUGAAAAAGAGGUAAUAGCUCUUCAGAGGACUUGUGACUUCUGCUCAGAUGGUGAAGAACUACAGUCUGCAGUUGGCAAAAAUGGAGAUGGAUUUGAAUUAAAUGAGGAUGCUGAAGAUUUGCUUCACCAAACAAAAGUGAAACAACUGAGAGAAAAUUUUCAGGAAAAAAGACAGUGGCUCUUGAAAUAUCAGUCACUCUUGAGGAUGUUUCUUAGUUACUGCAUACUUCAUGGAUCCCAUGGUGGGGGUCUUGCAUCUGUGAGAAUGGAAUUGAUUUUGCUUUUACAAGAAUCUCAGCAGGAAACGUCAGAACCACUAUUUCCUAGCCCUCUGUCAGAGCAAACCUCAGUGCCUCUCCUCUUCGCUUGUACAGCCAGUGCCAAAACAGUAGUUGCCAACCCAUUACUACACCUUAGUAAUCUAACACAUGAUAUUCUACAUGCCAUCAUAAACUUAGAUUCACCACCCCAUCCUGAUAUCCAAAGCAAUAAGGUGUAUGUAAUGCAUACUUUAGCAGCCUCACUUUCUGCUUGUAUUUAUCAGUGCCUUUGUGGUAGUCAUAACUACAGUUCGUUUCAAACAAAUCAGUUUACUGGAAUGGUAUAUCAAACCGUACUGCUUCCCCAUCGCCAUUCUUUGAAAACAGGAAGCUUAGAUGAAGCAAUAACUCCCAAUACGUCACCAGCUCAAUGGCCAGGAAUAACUUAUCUAAUUCGACUUUUGAAUUCUUCUGGCGAGGAAGCCCAGUCAGGGCUUACAAUCUUGCUCUGUGAGAUUCUCACAGCAGUGUAUCUUAGUCUCUUCAUCCAUGGUCUUGCUACACAUUCUAGUAAUGAACUAUUUCGGAUUGUGGCCCAUCCUCUAAAUGAAAAAAUGUGGUCUGCUGUAUUUGGUGGAGGUGCACAUGUUCCCAGCAUAGAACAGACACAUUCAAAAGCUUUACCUGUUUCUUCACUAGUUGAAGAAGGAGAAAAACAGAGCAAACGUUUUAGGCCAUCAAAAAUGUCUUGCAGAGAAUCUGCCCCAUUGACCUCUUCCUCACCAUCAGUAAGCCAGGAGUCACUGGCAGUUAAAGAGAAGUUCGUUCCACCUGAGCUCAGUAUCUGGGACUAUUUCAUAGCCAAGCCUUUUCUACCCCCUUCCCAAAGUCGAGCAGAAUAUGAUUCAGAGGAGAGCCUGGAAAGUGAUGAUGAUGAUGAUGAUGAUGAUGUUUUAGCAUCAGAUUUCCAUCUCCAGGAGCAUUCUAAUUCAAAUUCAUAUAGUUGGUCAUUGAUGCGAUUGGCAAUGGUGCAAUUGGUGCUCAGCAAUUUGAAGACUUUCUAUCCCUUUGCAGGUCAUGAUCUUGCAGAGCUUCCAGUUAGUUCACCUCUUUGUCAUGCUGUUCUAAAAACUCUUCAGUGUUGGGAACAAGUUCUUCUCCGACGACUUGAAAUCCUUGGUGGGCCACCUCAAAACUACAUUGCAAGUCAUAUCUCUGAAGAGAGUUUGUCUGCAGGUCCUGCAAUUCUCCGCCACAAAGCUUUACUGGAACCUACAAACACUCCUUUCAAAUCCAAACACCAUCUGGCACUGUCUGUGAAGAGGCUUUGGCAGUACCUAGUGAAGCAGGAAGAAAUUCAGGAAACCUUUAUUAGAAAUAUAUUCACAAAGAAACGGUGUCUAAAUGAGUCAUUAGAGGACAACAAUGAAACCAUCAAAAAUUCUAUGAUGGAGGAGCCAAACAUCAAUAAGAUAGAAGCAGAUUUGGGAUAUCCUGGAGGUAAAGCAAGAAUUAUUCAUAAGGAAUCUGAUAUCAUUACUGCCUUUGCUGUUAAUAAAGCAAAUAGAAACUGCAUAGCAAUCGCUUCCAGCCAUGAUGUUCAAGAAUUAGAUGUUUCUGGAAUUCUUGCUACACAGAUCUAUACUUGGGUAGAUGAUGAUAUAGAAAUGGAAACCAAAGGAUCAGAAGAUUUCUUGGUUAUACAUGCUCGUGAUGAUUUAACAGCUGUACAAGGUACAACCCCAUAUACACAUAGCAAUCCUGGGACUCCAAUAAACAUGCCGUGGCUUGGUAGUACACAGACUGGCAGAGGAGCAUCUGUGAUGAUUAAGAAAGCCAUUAAUAAUGUUAGAAGAAUGACUUCUCAUCCAAGUCUUCCUUACUAUCUGACAGGAGCUCAAGACGGAAGUGUCAGAAUGUUUGAAUGGGGCCAUUCUCAACAAAUAACCUGUUUUCGAUCUGGUGGCAAUUCAAGAGUUACAAGAAUGAGAUUUAACUAUCAGGGAAAUAAGUUUGGAAUAGUUGAUGCUGAUGGAUAUUUAAGUUUGUAUCAAACAAACUGGAAAUGUUGUCCAGUUACUGGAAGCAUGCCUAAGCCAUACCUGACUUGGCAGUGUCAUAACAAAACAGCAAACGAUUUUGUCUUCGUUAGUUCCUCCUCUUUGAUAGCCACUGCUGGUCUUUCAACUGACAAUAGAAACAUAUGUUUGUGGGAUACUCUUGUAGCACCCACCAAUAGUUUAGUCCAUGCUUUUACCUGCCAUGAUAGUGGAGCCACAGUUUUAGCAUAUGCUCCAAAACAUCAGCUGCUGAUAUCAGGUGGCAGAAAAGGUUUUACAUGUGUAUUUGACCUUCGCCAGCGACAACAGAGGCAGCUUUUCCAGAGCCAUGAUUCUCCUGUUAAAGCCAUUGCUAUUGAUCCAACUGAAGAGUACUUUGUUACAGGAUCUGCUGAAGGCAAUAUAAAGAUUUGGAGUCUCUCUACCUUUGGUCUUCUCCACACUUUUAUCAAUGAACAUGCUCGUCAGUCCAUUUUUAGGAAUAUUGGAACAGGAGUGAUGCAAAUUGAAACAGGGCCAGCAAAUCACAUUUUCUCUUGUGGAGCUGAUGGAACAAUGAAAAUGAGAAUACUGCCAGAUCAGUUUAGCCCCUUAAAUGAAGUGUUGAAAAAUGAUGUGAAAUUUAUGCUGUAACAUUUUCACAAAUAAGAUGUAUAAUUUAUUACCUACUAUGGAAGUGGCCAACAGAUAUAAUGUACAGUGAUCACCCUCUAUGCCACAAAUAAGCAAAUGCUUUCUUGUUUUUCUAUUUAUUUUAUGGAGCUUUACCCUUGAUGCACUGAUGCCUUAAAAAUUAACAAGGUCAUUCAUAAUUAGAUUACAUUGCCUAAAAUAGAAUGUGUAGGUAAUGCUGUUAUAAUACAUAUUUAUAGUACGUUAUACUGAGUAUGUCAUAGUGUUAAAGGACUUUUGUUUUCUUAUUGUUGAUAAACUCUUCUGCAGAUAUCUCUGCAUGAAUUUCUUUUACAGUAAAAAUACCCUUUUUGUAAAGGCAGUUUGCACAUAAUACUCAUCACUUAAUUCUCUACUCUCUUUCUUCCUUUAUCAGACUUAUACCUCUCAAAUUCUUCUCCUCUUAAUUAAUGAUAGAUUGACAUUUGGGUAAAAAUCAAACAAAUAACAUCUCCAUUAAAGCUAUCAUUGGGAUUUCAGUGAUAAACGAGCCAAAUGGCUCAUGUAGUUUUUAUCAUUUUCCCCUCUAGAGCCCAAGUUGUGUGUAUGUAUAUGUGUGUGUGUGUGUGUGUAUAUGUACAUAUCUUAUGCAUCUUACUUGAACUAGUUUGUGUAUAUAUAAGUGAAAACUACAAAUCUUUUCAUAUGUUUUUGUGCCAUAACAACUACUGCCACCAGAAUAACAACUUUUUUUGCAACUGUUUUUUUUUUCAUUUUUGAAUUCCCAUCCUAAUUUUCAAAUAAAUUUCAAGACUUUCAAGAUUAUUAUUUUUAAGAUUAUGUUGAGUCAAAUAAGUCUUAGUAGGCAAUAAAGAUUCUGUGUUGGCAUAUGUAAGACACUUAAAAGUGUGUGACUUUGUCAAGGGAUUUUUGAGCAUCAAGCAUUUUACUUAAAUUUUAUUUUAUCUUCUUAAUUUUUAGGUGCUUUUAGUCUCAAAGUUCUGAAAACCUUAUAGCAGUGUUUUUAGAAACAAAUGUGAAGACAGUCAAAUUAAAUAGAUAGUAUUUACAAAUGUAAAAUACCCUCCAGAAGUACCAUUAAUAGAAAAUAAACCUUAUAUUUUAUUAUUUAUGCCAAAAUAUUAUUUUAUUAUAAAAUAUGACCAAAAUAUUAAGAUUGCACAAUGCUUUUAACUUAAAUGUGCUAAAUCCUAUCUCUGUCUGUUUUGUGCUAUACCUUUUCUGAUUCAGAAUUAUAGAAAACUUGAUAAAUACUUGAUUUUAACCAGUAAGACUGCAGGCAGAUGGGACUAAGUGUUUAUGGGACAAUUAUAUACUCUUUAGCUUAAAUAUAUUUUGUUUAAUAGGAACUAUAAAAUAAGAGCAUUUUUAUGGAAUAGAAUAUGGACAACUACUAUCUUGGAAAUUAAAGAGUCAAAGCAUAGAAAUGAAGGGCUGGUAAAAUGAAUUUUGUAAUAUCCUCAGGAUACUUUUAAAAGUAUAUUGUUAAAGAUUUUGUAAAUUGUAUUUCAGUAAUUUUAAAUGUGUUGAGCAAGUUGCAGUGAAAACACUGUCAUUAUGUAGAGAGUUUAUAUGCACAUAACCUGUACCUAUGAAUUGUGCAAUAACCAUAUGUGACUAUUUUGCCAUGGAGAAAUCUGUGACAGCAUCGCAAACAAUAUUGUUUGAUGUAGUUAUUUUUCAAUAAUUUCUUCACAAAUCAAGAUUCAAAAGGCUUUAAACAAUUUCAGUGAGAUAGAAAAUUUACCAUUAUGCUUAUUAGAACGAAAGGCAUUACAGAUGAACAAUUAAGCAUUUUAGUUGAGGGUUUAUAUGGAUAACCAUAAAUUAUGUAAGCCCGUAUGUAUUUACAUCCAGAGUCAUAAUAUUUUAAAUAAAUAAAUCAUGCAUAGACCUUU